AAACACCAAAGAAAAACGAUGAACAAGCUAUGAGUACAGCGGACACAGCGCUGUCGAUUUCGAUCAAAAUGGCCCCAGGGCCGGAACAUCGUCAAGAACCGGUAGCACCCGAUAAAACUGCUGAAAAUCGUAAUGACGUCUCUAACGAAAGAGAUGCAGAAAAUUUAGUAACAAGUGCGGAGACUAUUAGUAACCAGAGUUCAAGUGUUGAAAGUGCUUCAACGAACACCGAUUCCAAUACAGAUCCUGUGAAUCAAAGUGCAACGACAUCUGUCACGUCUGAUAAUAAGCAGGAAGAACCAGCCACUUUGUCCACGUUAAAUGAGGGUGAAUUACGUGCGUUAUUGGAUGAAGCUAUAACAUAUAAGUGUCCCAAAGAUCGUGAAGGAAAAUCCAGUCUUUUUAAAGAACUAUUGCAAGAAGCAGAGGCCGAUGAAACUGAAGAGGGUCGUAGGAUAAUAACUAAUUCACGUUGUCUGCCUGGAUCCAAUCGUAGAAGACAUAAAAGGGACUCUGUGUCUGAAAGACUCACGCACGGAGGAUCGUUACAAAAUUUGGCACAACCUAUUGCUUCGGAAUUUGAUAGCAGUUUUGCUUAUUUGACAUCUGGUUCCAGCCACACUUACGGAGGGAGUAGAAGAAAAAAUAAAAAAUAUACAGGACCCAGUGUAUCUGCUAGGCAAAGGGAAGGUGGUUCAUUACCCUCAAAUGUAAAUGCAUCUCACAGUCUUGCUUCAUUGGCUAAUUUAGAUUUAUUAUUUGAUAAAAAGAAGGGUUUCUGUGAAGAAAGGACAGUAUAUGACUGGACCAAUAAAGAGAAAUCCAAAUCCUUAGACAAACCAUCAUACACUAGCACAAAAAAAGAGGAGAAGGAAAAAGACAAAAAAGAUACAAAGAAAGAUCUGUGCGAAACCGAACUUGAAGUACGUGAGAAAAGAGGUAACAAAGGAAAAUACGGGACAAAUGAAAUGCUUGAAUCAGAUAAUCCACCGCCAGAGUAUAAGUCAGAUUACAUGGUGAUCGAUUUAGGUGAUGCUGAGGUGGGUACUAUUAGUGAAAGGAAUGUGGGAUCCAUAAUAAGUGGGGUUCAGAGACCUCACUCUUUGGAUACAGAAGAUGACGAAGGAACUGAAAUGAAAAUUAUAGAACCACGUAGACCUCAAUAUAUAUCACGUACUACUUUUGAUAUAGCUCAAACUCCUGUGGAUACUACCAUAGAUUUUUCUCUCCGAGAGCACAGUGGAAAACAAGAUAAAUCGAAAAUAUCUGUCAAUGGUACAGAGGUAACUGGAGCCCUCUCUUUUCAAACUUUUAAUAGUGUGAAAUGUGGUAUUGGUGGAACUUCGAACAGUUCUAGUGCUAGUCAGGGUAAAGUAGUUCCGAGUUUAUGCUCCAUGAUGUCUGCGUCCUUGCAAACCCAGAAUAUCACAAUGGAAGGUUCCAGGUAUACAGCACACACUACAACGUCCGGGGAGAAGAAAUCUUUGGAUGAAAAUGGGAACGCGGUGCAAAAUUACAACGGGGAACGAAAAAAACCUCGAAGAAAACAUACGCAGGAACCGAAUUUUGUUGUUUAUAACUCUGAAACUAUCGUAGGCCAUCGCAAUGAAGAGAACAUUGACAAUAUAAUUAAUUUUAUUGAAAAUAAGGAAUCCAAAAGUAAAAAAGGAAAACCAGGUAAUCCAGUGAGAGUAAAAACUAAUUCUGGUGCAAAACCAAGGAGUAGACAGAAAGAUACCAAGAAGGAACAGCUGCCUGCCAAGUUACAGAAAUCCAAUUCUCUCGAAGAGAUAUCCAAGACUAAACUUGAAGAUCUAACAACGGAAAAGAGUGUCAGUUCUAGUGGUGCUAGUAGUUUGUCGAGUCAACACGGUACAAUCAAUGUUGCUUUGCGUCGUGCGAAACAGAGAAGCACGGGGGACACAGCUAUCGAUAGUCGCGGUGAUAGACGAUCCUGGGGAACCGAAGAAGGCCAAUCUAUAUAUUGCAACGAUACUGGAGAUGAUUAUGCUAGUCGCCGAAACUCCAAUAAAACAAUCAAUCCAGACCCCGAGCACGAAACAGAGUUUCUGGUAGUUACGAAAAAGAAGAAAAGUAAAAAGCAAAGAAGAAGUUCCAGCGGUAGUACAGCACAAAACUUAACGACGUCCGGAUCUUACCUCCAGAACUCAAGAGGAUUCUCUAACGAAUAUAGAACACCACUCUCAUCCGAAUGUAGAAGAAAAUCAGCAAGCAGUAUGCCGCCAAGCGAUAAAUCGGAUAGCAGUGACUCAGACUCUGUCCAUUCAUUGCCAGUCACAUCUAAUACGUCCAAACACAACUUAUCAAAAAUAGCUACCUCAUCGGGCGGAACGCCGCAGGCAAGUUACGCGGACAUAGCUCGUAUGGCGACUAUCAACAUGACGCAUAGUUCGGUGUUGAAUAUGUCUUCGAUUGUUCCGAGCAUGUUGAACACAUCCACGUGGCCUAGCGUACCACCGAAAACACCUUCGGAACCGGACAAAAUCCCGCAAGAUUAUUAUCCCAGUCUAGACGAAUUACAGCACUCUGACAGAAAAGCGAAACAACAUAAUUUUACACACACGAAUCACAUUUUGAAUCUUGGUUUCGAGAAACCACCUUCGCCGACUUUGUCCUCGAAGAUGAAGAAUUCAUCGGAGAGAAAAAAGGCGGAAGCUCAAAAGGAGGCUAUCAAUAAAAAUAUCCAGGUUAUCAAAUAUGUGCAGGACAUUGAAAAAAUGCAUCAAAGGCUGAUGCAACAGGAACAGAAACACGUGAAUUCUAUUAAUCACAGUGUGAAUUCGAACGAAACUCCAGCGAUGAAUCCGAUGCCAUCGAAGCUCAAUAAUACAGUGACAAAUUGUACUUCGGACACUGAUAAUAAUCCUAAUUGCAAUAUUGUCAACAGUAAAGAUUCGAUUGCAAAUACAAAGUGUAAUAAUACACGGUCGCGUCGGGGUUACGUUCAAGGCAGUCAAAAUGUACAAAUUCCAGCAUCGUACGAAGAUCAGCAUUUCAAGAAACCUGGAUAUUUACCUCACGAUGAAAAUACGAAAAAAUUGCACAACACCGAAGCAUUCAGUACGGAUCCCGAAAAUAAAAAUAAUCCAGGAACAAGAUCUUGCGACGACGCCGAAACACCAAAAGCCAAUGUUCAAAGUAAUCCGAAAUCGGUACAAGAAGCGCCGCCGAAUGUCGAUUCGGAUGCUACCAAAUUAGUUCAGAACGAGAAACCAACGAAAAUAGCGAAAGAACAAGAUGUCGCCACGAAACACGAGUCGAUCAAGUCGGGAAAUACGUAUUCUGUAAAUUCAAAACAAGAACAACAAGAAGACGCCGAAUGUAAGAAAGCUAAACAGCACGGUACAACAUCAGACAAAGAUCAGUCGCAGAAAACGGAGCCCCAGACAUCCAAUAAACAAAAAACCUCGAGACCCGCGGUAAUAUUAUUGGACGAAACUUCGUCCAACGUCACUAAAAACAGUGACUUGCCAACGGAACUCAGGUUUGGUUUUGAGAUCAACGAACAACUUUUAUUAUCCGAAGAUUCUGCCACAGAAGAGACCUCUACUGCCAGUUCUGUUUUUCCAUCUGUAGUUCCGUCGCUAAUGAAUAAACCACCUUCCACUUUCGACAGAUAUCCGCCGAUAUUCGAAAAGCACAUGAGAUGCGACAAAUUUACACCCAAUUUCAUGCAACCGCCAAACGCUCAUGUGACGCAACAGCCUAUGCAUCCUGUGAUAGUGCAACGGUUACCGUACAUGAGCUAUCCGCCAAGAUUUCCUCCGCCAACGUGUUUACCACCACCGCCACCUACACCUCCUCCGGGAAUCAUGGAAAAAUAUCAACCUAAAGUAGAUUUUUCUAUGCUUUAUGUGGCUCCUGAGGAAGAUGUUAACAUACAGACGUACAAUCAUGAUAAAAUCGUCUCAUUUGUCGGCUUAGCAUGGGACGCUGUUAUGAGGGAAAUGCCAGUAACUGCAAGUGGUCGUAUACAAUUCUACAGUGGUCAGUGAAACGGGCACUAAGAGGAUAAGGUAAAUAACACACCAAUGUUUUUGUAUCGCAAGAUUGCAUCCAUCACGAGUUAUCUAUUAUAAAACACAAACAGCCAGAAGAGUCUGUUUUACUAAUGCAAAACCGAAUAAGUAUCCGAAUCUAAAGAAAAAAAUGAUCGAACUUUUAUUACCGAUCACGAUGAAACAAGCUGUACUAAUUCUCAAGUAAAAUCAUCAGUGAUAAUUCCGUAAAGUUGCACGGCGUAAAAUAUUUACUCUGAAAGAUAAUGUAUAUAAUAGUCAAUCACCAGACAAAGACAAAGUUUAUUGUAUGUUCCGUUGUUGUACAUACAUUAAAGUUACAAAUACCUUUGAAAAGGUUGUGACGAACAUCAAAGUUUCAGUAUUGUCGUUUGAUGCAAUAUUCGACUGAAUAUCAUGACUAAUAAACACAUGAAACUUUAUUUCGCUUCAUUGAAAAACGAAAACAAAAUUUUCUUGUAAAAUGUGAAAGUCAUAUAUAUCUGAAGAAAUACCUCUUAUAAAUUUUGGAGAACGUCUAUCGAAUCUAUACGAAAGUGUGUGAUUUUGAAAAGGAAAAAAAAAAGAAAAUUACAAAAACUUAUCGAAGGAGAGGGUUCGAAGUAGCUAAAAAAAACAAGAAUGCCAUGAAGCAGAUUUUUCAAGAACUGCGUGUGCUGUGACAGUGGUUUAUGCUGAUGCCUUUAAAAUAACAGAAUACACCUUAGACCAUUGUAAUAAAGUCUACGAAUAGUUGAAUCAAGCCUGUUAUGUUAACUAUGCCAAAUUGAGAUCGUCCGUCAAAAAAAUAUUGCUAAACUAUUAACAACGAUGACCUUAAGGCAACAACUUGACACAAGGAUCAUCGCAACAGUUAGUGGAGUCUUCGUUGAAACUUUAGGAAACUCGAAAUGAAAAAUAGUGGUUGCUAGAUUAAACGUACUUUAUUUAAGACAGCAUAAAGGAACGCGAAGGAAGCGAUAAAGAUGUGUGUGAAGUGUAACAAAAUAUGGUGAAUGUAAGUGUGACAUCGAACACGUGUAAAAUAUUAAAAAAUAGUGUGAUUGACUUAAUGACUUUAUGGAGUGGUUACUUCUUCCAGCUGCGACAGAUAAUAGUUUAAGGGAUUAAGAGGGGGGAGGAAAGAAAGAAUCAUAAACUGGUUUUUGCAAAUAUUGCGCUCAAGGUCAUGAACUGGAUGGGGGACAGCGAGAAAGAGUGCGAAUGUGUCGAAAAUCGCUAAAUUUUUACACAGACUCGCUUAUUUGAUGAAAAAAAAUUAAUUAUUAAUUAUUGAUAACGAUAAUUAUAAUAAAAUACUUGCUUGUGAUCAUAAAGUAUGAUAGCGUGGAUGCAUGUAGUUCGUGUAGAUAUUCUUCUACUAGCCGAUGUCCAAAUUUCGUUUUAAACUUCCGUUUGAAUUUUUAAUGAAACUGUGUUUAUCUCCUAAAUUGAGCGGACAAAAAAUAAAAAAUAAUAACUAAUACUGUUUGUGGUUGGUAUAGUAAAACAAAAAAAAAAAUAAUAUGAAACUUAUACGAGUAGCUAAUCAAAAAAGAGACAGAUUUAAUUGUAUUGUAUUACAUCACACGGUGAUAAAGCAACAGUGAUUUUAUGUUUCUCUUAAGUGGAUGGCAUUUCUUCGGGGUAUCUUCGCUCGAUACGCGAACAAAAUAACUAUUCAAAAGUCGGGUGCUCCAUCGCCUUAAUGUAGCGGAAUGCAGCGUCAGCCUGGUAGUGCCAUUGACUGGUUCAAAUGGUCAAGUACUAAAGAUUUUGCAAAAAAAAACUGUAACGCGAAAGAUCUUGAAGGAAAUAGAACUAUAAAAUUGUGUAUUAUAGCAAAAGCAUCGAGAGUGGCAGUUAUACCGAAACAAUAUCAUGUAUACAAAAUACACGAUUUAAUCGUUUUCUUUUUCUUAACGACUAACACGAAAACAAGAUAGAGAUCUUAACGCGCAAGGCGACAACAUAUUAUAUGUGUUCGUUUUUUUGAAUUCGUGAAUUCGCGAGAGCAAAAUCAAUUAGCGAUCAACAAAUUCGGAACCAUCUAUUGUAAACGGAAUAGCAAUCUUUCUAUUUGAAAUUUUUGAAACGUUUUUAAACGUGAAUAAAGAAAACACGCUUAUAUUUUGUUCUAACGGCAGGCUAUUUGCAUUUAUCUACGAAACCCCUUUGUAGCCUGUAUUGUACCAUAAAAAUGUAUGUUUCUCGCAAAGGGCACAAAAUCCUAAUUGGACGCAUGGAGUUUUUACAUCGGUUGAUUGAUCAAAGCGCAUCGUUCCUGCACAUAUCGUUCUCAGCUAUUGAUCCAAUGAUUUAGAUUCGGUCGAACUGUUGAAAUGUCACUGAUGUAAAUUAAUUAUAUUUUCUUUUUUUUUUUUUCUUUUCAUUUAAGUAGUUAACAUUGUUCCCUGCCUUGAAUCGUUACUUGUGCAUACGUGACGCGACAAAUGCAACAACAUAUCGACAGCAACUAUUCAUGAGUCAAUGCAUGAAGGAGCUCUAUAAUUUCAUUGUUAAUUCGCUUGAAAACCAUCGCAUAAAAGGAAAAAAAAAAAAACCGAGAUAAUUGUGCUUGUUAUGUAAUUAUUGUAAUCGCGAUGAGUUAUGUUUAAACAUUUCUGAGAGUCUGUUAGUUUUGUUGGAUUCGCGAGAUCACGCACGAUCGUAAGGACGUACCAGAAAUGUUUAGAUUAUAGUCAUCGACGAUCAUCCGGGAGUAAGACCCCGAAUUAUCGGCGCGGGCGUGUUGCUAGUGUUCAAAAAAAAGCGCAAAAAAAUAAAUAAAUAAACAAAUAAAAGCAAAAAAAAGCGAGAAACGAAGGGUAAUAACAGUUGAGAGAGAAAAGUGUCCGACGAUCUCAGUGUUAGCCUUGUAUCACUGUACAAUUUGUUAUUCAAUGUAAGACAGUUCUUUUGUGCUGUAUAUACAUAUAUUAAUAACUAUUAUUAAUUAAUGAUUAACAAUUACAGUGAAGCUAUUCGAUUAACUAUUAUUGUACCGCUAUUAUUACUAAAUAACGAUUAUACAGAGAAUGCAGAAGCUAUCGCGAGUGAUUGUGCGUGUAAAAAGAUGAGAUAAGCGAAUAUUUUGCGUGUAUGGUAAAAAGACUGUGGCUGCCCGGCUGAAAGCAAAAGCAAAACAAAACGAAAAAAAUGAAAAACACAAAAAACAUAAAUGAACAACGGUGAGAGAAUGUUGUUGCCAAAGUUUUCCCCGUUCGUGGGUAUAAAAAGCACAGUAUAAAGUAAUAUUCGUGUUUCUUUUUAUUUUGCUUAUUUUCGUGCGACGGAAUUGACUGAACGUCAAUCGAGUAUUCUGUAAAAUUGAAAUUAAUAGUGAUUUUCGAAAAUAAGUUUAUUAUUUAUAUAUAUUUUCUUUUCUUUUUUAUAUAUAUAUAUAUAUAUAUAUAUAUUUAAAGUAUCGUAUUUGUUCGAUUAGCGAUUAAUAUCAGAGUAGAUUUGAAAAAGGGGGAAAAAAAAGAAAAAAUAGCAUUGUGAUAACACGCGUAUAUUGAAUGUUGUUUUCGGUGAGCCGAGAGGCCAGGAAAAAAAAACAAAAAUACCUUCGAAUAUUACUUGCAUACUGAAUUCGCCGGUGAUACGUAUUCAGACGAUAAAUCGCUGCGCCGUACGUAUGUUUAUAGCGUUUAAAAAAAAAAAAAGAAAAAAGAAAAAAAAAAGUACCGAAAUGGAGCGACGAAGAGGCGGGAAAAGAGAGUAUAGUUGCGAACCGAAACCUCGAUUUAUUCUCAGGAUGCGUAAACACAGCGGCCAUCGCUUACUAUUUUGUUACUAAUAAUACUGAGAACCUCAGAUUCAUGCAAUGUUCUGUCACGGACCAUGGAUAAUAAAAAAAAAGAAGAGCCACUUGUCACGGAGCGUGUAAAAGAGGAAAUGGAAAGCAAUAGGGAAACGAGAGGAAGAAUGAAUGUGUUGUAAGAUAGGGAGC